AUGAGUAAAAAAACUGUUUCUUCGCCGAAUUCAAUCACUAAAUUAACAUCAGUAACGAGCAAGACGAAGAAAACAGAUCGAUCCACAGAUGUUGACAAUGUUUCUCGAAGUGAUCGUCAUCCAAUUAAAAGAGAGGAUAAUCAUGAAAGUGUUAUUUUUAUUCGUUUGGAUACUGAAGGAUCAUCGUCAAUCAAUCUCAUUGGUCCACUUCGAUCGAUACAUAAUUCUGUUCGAUCUUAUUCGAAUUCUGCAUCUUGUUUAGAUGCCAUGAGAUCUAUUAAAGAGAAGAUUUUCUUUAUCUGUUCAUUUUUUAACAUUGAGCUGUUGAUGACAGUGCAAAACAUCGAAAAUGUUGAAGCAAUAUUUAUUCUGGAUCCUAAUUCUCAAGAUAUCAAAGGUGAUUUUCCAAAAUUGAUCGGUGUUUUUACUCAACAAGAAGAGCUAUUUCGAUCAUUAAAAGAGACACUCGAAACUUUCGAACAAAUUCAACUUGAAAGAUUUUCAUUUGAAAAAGAGACUCUAUUUCUCUGGUAUCAAUUGUGGAAAGAAGAGCUAACACAUCGAAAAGCAUCGUCAAACAAAACUGAUUUCAUUGAAAUGGCUCGACUUUGUUAUCGAGACAAUAGUCGAAUAAUGGAGAUGAUUGAUGAAUUUGAAAAGUCUUACCGAUCAUCUGAGAUUCUCCAUUGGUGUUUUCGUUCUCCAUUUCCAAAUCGUUUUCUUCAUCAUGCGAUUCAUUCUCACAAUUUGGAACAGUUGAAUGUGUGUCGAUUUAUAUUUAUCGAUGCCAAUCGUUUCUUUCAACAACAACCAAAACAUAAAUCGAGUGAUCAAUUUUAUCGAGGAAUGAAAUUAACCAAAGAACUUUUAGACCAAUUCGAAAGUCAUGUCGGUCAACUUGUGUGUACAAGUGGGUUUUUUCCAUGUACUAAGUCGAGAACACAUGCGUUAUCAUUGGCAUCAUUACCUGGCUAUCGUUCUGAUCUCUUAUCUGUUCUAUUUAAAAUCGAUUGCGAUUCUACAAGUAUGUACAGUCAAUUAUCGAAUAAAAUGUCAUCAAACGUGAUUAUCUUCGAUGUUUCAAUUUCGUUUCGAGUGAUUAAUGUCCAUCGAGGACAAAUGUCUGUCAUUAAGAUGAAGCCAGCAAUCAUAGAUGGAAAGCAAAUCGCACAAGAUUAUCUUGAACAACAUCAUGAUCAAUCGAUCAAGUCAGUACUCGAUCAACUUUUGGCACCUCCUCGAGUUCAAACCCCUCCGUUAUCACCACCACCACCACUACCAUUGCUUCAAACAAUCAUAUCGACAACUUCCAUUUCCACCAGAAGUUCAUCUGUCAAUGAUAAUGAAUUGGAGGCACAGAAGCAUUUGGAACAAGGUCAAAUCGAUUUGGCUUUAGCUGCCUAUAGACGUAUUUAUCCUGUUUCUGCUAAAAUUCUAAACAUAAUCGGACGAUUGUGUGCCGAGAAGAAGAAAGAUUACGAUUGUGCCUUGGAAUAUCACACUCAAGCAUUGAGAAUUCAAGAACAGACAGGUGAAGAUUUUUGUGAUACAUUGGCUGAUUUGGGUAAUAUUCAUCAUUGUCGUGGUCAAUACGAUUUAGCUUUGGACUAUCAUCGGCGUGCUCUUACUCUUCGUGAAAGUCUUCAUCCAAAUGAUGUUGCCGCUCAAGCAACCAGUUUACUUGCAAUAGGUAAUGCUCAUUGGGCUCGUCGAGAAUUUGAUCAAGCUAUUGAAAUGACACAACGCGCUUUGACUUUGCAAGAGACUAUACAACCAGUCAAUGAGACCAGUAUCGGUACCACUUUAGCCACGCUCGGCAACAUUUAUCAAGAUUCGGGAAAACAUCAGCCAGCUCUUGACAUGUGUACACGAGCAUUAGCGAUUUUCGAAAGAAAUCUUCCAGCCGAUUCACCAGUAAUAGCUGAAUUACUAGAAGAAAUGGGCGUCAUUCAAUUGGAUCUACGGGCACUCGAUGAUGCUAAGCAAAUUUUUGAACGCGUUGUCGAUAUUUACACGAAAAUUCUUCCACAAAGACAUCCCAAUCGAGUGUCAGCGGAGGUCGAUCUUGAACGUGUUAAUCGACUGAUCCAGAAGAAAAAAAGCAAGGUGAAAAAACACACGUGA